AUGCAAAUUCCUGUUGAACGAAGGGAUACGUCAGUUGCUGAUAUUGUUAAAAAUAUUUGGCAUCGAUUGAACUUAGAUGAGAGUGAAAAUUUUUGUUUGGUUAAAAAUUCAAUGAAUGUAAUAGAUGAUACCAUGUACUUGUCAAAUAUGAAUGAAAAUAAUUAUUUAUUUCUUAAUGAAAAUCAAACGUAUACAAUAACGAUCAAAAAUAAUGAAAAAUUAAUUGAUAUCGACGACGAUGUUAAACGAUUUUCUUGUUUAGUAACAAUAGCAAAUAUACGGCAAGUUUUUGGUGUGUCAUCUCAACUAUAUUUCAUAUAUCUACAUGAUUUUGCACUAUUUUACGAAACAAAGCUUUCUACGAUAUUAUUGUUAAAUUCAACGUCGAUUGCAUUUCAGACUGAUGAUGUUAACAAUUUUCCUAUUCCUGUUACACUAGUCAAAGACAGAAAUAUACUCAUUCGAUUUAGUGGUGCAAAAAGUUUAACAUGUGACCAUAUAUGUGAAGUUGGAUGUUUAAUUACUGGAGAAAAUCCAACGUUCUAUGAAUUACAAGUGAAAAAUGUGAGCAUUCACAAAUCAGUGUCUCUAGAUGAAAUAAAUGACACAGAUAUAUUUCACAACACGGAUGAUGUAAUAGAAUUACAACUUACGUGUACAGCUGAAUUCAUGUGUAUGGUGACAGUAAUAAUCGAAGAUCAUGCAAGGAUAUGUUUUCUAAUCAUGUCGGCACAAAUGUUUUAUUUCCUGCUGCUUUCCCAGCUUUGA